AUGAGUGACGUUUUCGAUAAGUUAAAGAAGCAGAGGUCAAAGGAAUGCAAGGCAACGGAUUUUUACGAGGUGAAAAAUAAAAAUGAUGAGAUUUACGAAGUAGUAGAUGAAGAAGGAUACCUUGAAAACAAGAAUUCUUUGAAAGACUUCAUUGUUGGAGGUGAUAAAGAUUUCGACUCUAGCGAUGAUGUAGUAGUGGAAGAUAUAAAUUAUGCCAUACUCAGGAAGAAGAACGCUGAAAGAGAAGCUAAGGAAAAAAGGAACACGCCUAUAGACGAUUUCAUUAGACAAAAGAAAAUACAGAAGACAUUCUCAACCGGUAAACUAAGCAAAGAAGAAAUAUCAAAAGCAAAAAACAUCGAAAAAUUGAUGGAUGCAAAUUCAUCCUCUAGUGGUAGCGAAUUGGAUAAUUUUACAACUAAGAGGAAAACAAGAGAUUCCUACGAAAAGGAAUAUAAGAACGAAAAUAAAUGUCACAUUAGACGUAUCAUGGAUAAUAAUGAUAGGAGUAAUGAUAGGAGUAAUGACAGGAGUAGUGUUAGGAGUACCUCGAAUAACAAUUUUGAAAAUAGUUCAGUAAGAACGAUCGAGAGAGAUACCCCUCUGAUGCAUCACCUUACUUCAGGGAAAUCUAGAGGUAGUUUAGUCACACAUGAAGAAGAAAAGAAAAACAAUUGCAAUUUUUUUCUUCAUUCAAAAGAUUUUAAUGAUAGGAUAAAAACGAAAGUGCAAACAGAAGAUGAACAUAUUGAAGGGAGUGUAAAAGAGGACAAAAACAACCUCGAUGAGGAAUCAGUACAGGAUAGAAACAAGAAGAGGAAAGUUACUCAAUAUGUUGAACAUUGUGAAGACAAAGCGAGUGAAAAUGUCCACAAAAGUUUUAACUACUUAAAUGAAGCCAAACUGGAAAGUUUAUCACACGCAUGCAAAGUGGAAAAACACACGACCCUCAAACAAGGUGAUUGUACGUACUCAGUUCGAUCCAAUUCGUCAUUGCACCAGGAUUUGUCGAACCAAUCUAAACUCGUCGUUAAAAUGGAAAGGAUGAAUGAGAAAAAUUCAGAGGAGGAACUUCAAAAUGACCAUCGUGCAAGUGAUUCACAUCCACAAGAAACGUCUCCCCAAGGAAUAAACCCGUUAGAUGAAUAUAUACAAAUGGAGGAUAUUAAGCUAGAUUAUAAUAAAGUGAAAACUGAAGAUGGUGGAACAACAUUUGAAGAAGAAGAAGAGGAUGAGGAAGAAGAAAAAAAAAAACAAAGUCCCAUAAGCACAAGUGGCUUAAAAAACAAAGCCCAUGAACUCAUAAUAAACGACGAAACUGGAUUUGUAAACGUGUAUCUUUUCGACAUAUGCAAACAUAGGAACAGUGUAAUUCUAUUUGGAAGAACAUUAACAAAAUUUAAAAAGUAUAGAAGCAUAAGUAUAUAUUUAGAGGAAAUGUACAGGUGUUACUAUUUUCUUCUGUCGAAAAAUAUGGUGUAUAAAAAAGAUGGAAUCGAAAUAAAAUAUGGCCAUAAGAAUUACAACACUUGUAUUAUAUCCGAUUUCUUGGAGGAAUUUAGAGCUAUCAGAAAAUAUCAUAACAUUGAUAGCAUAAAAUGUAAAAUUGUAAAACGAAGAAAUUUAAAUUUAAAAUCAAGUGAGGAAGAUGUCUAUGCCAAAGUCUAUUACACAUACAAUUUUGAUCCAAUUAGUGAUAAGUACAAAUCUGGAAGAACAUACAUUGCUUUCUAUUGUUGUAAUGAAGAUAUCAUUGAAAAUUUUAUAAUUAAAAAAAAUUUGAAAUUACCUUGCUGGAUUAAGGUAAAAGAAUUGAAAAUUAAUAUUUCCAAUAAUUUGACAUACUGCUACUUUGAUUCAAUCACGAAAAAUUGGAAGAAUCUCUACCCAGUCGACAAGAAGUUAGAACUGAAGGCCCCUUCCCCACCUAUGGGAAGCACAGGAAAAGGUACGAACAGAGGUAGCGAUCCCAUUGCAAGAACUGCGAAUAAUUCAAAUCACGAAAUGUGCAAUAACGAAUCUGGAAAGGAAUCUAUAAAUAUAGUCACCUCUCCAAACAAUGGAACAGAGGAAGCACAGAAAAAAGGAGAUAUUGUUGGAAACAACAGUUUCAUAGAUCUAGAUCUGAAUAAGAUUAUCAUUAAGGUGGUAUCCUUGGUGAAUGAAGAAAAUCAGCACGAGGUGUUCAGCAUCUGUAGCUUAGUAGACGCAGAAGGAGUAAAGUACAUAAAUUUUUGUGGUAUUUCUGCCAAGGCAAGUAAAAAAACGAUCAGUAAUUACAAUAAGAAUAAUGGGAAAGUAUUUGAUUCAGAAAAGAGUUUGCUAGAAGCAUUUCUUCAAAAAUUAAGAGCAUUAGAUGUAGAUAUGUACAUAGGAUAUAACAUUUUAAAUUUCGAUUUGGAAUUCCUCAUUCAUAGAUGCAAUGUCCAUAAUUUGAAUGCCGAUUUUUUAAGUAGGAAAAAAAAAUUAAAAAAAAACGACAAAAUGAAAGUGAACAAGUUUAAUGGAACCAACAGUACAGGUUCUAUGUAUAAUAUUAUUCAAAAUAUUAAAGGAAGACUCAUAGUAGAUGUCUACAUGUUGUGUAAGGAUUUGAUAAAACUUACAAGUUAUAGUAUGGAUGAGAUAAUUGAUAGUGUAAGGAACAAAUUUCAAGACAAGAGUACCUCAGUCUCUUCUUCAUCAGCUUCGAAUGCAGUUUCUAACAAAACUAUUUCAAAUAAUGGAUCAAAUGGCUCGAGUGGAGUGGGAACAUCUACCGGUUCUUCUUCCUCUGCUACUGUGGGUAGGAGUAAAACAAACGGUCCAAACGUUUUCAAAGACUUUUCAGUAAAUAACAUAAAUCUUCUAAAUUGUAGUAAUAUUCAUCUGUACGAUGUGCAACAAAUUUUAGAAAAUCAUCUGAAUACAUACAUAAAUAGUCAACUUUUCUGUAUCCAAGAAAUUUCAAAUGUGUGCAAAGUACUGCAGAUAAUAGAAAAAACGAGAGAUUUAACAAAACUUAGUGGAUAUAUAUGGAUGAGAAGUUUGUUAUGUUAUACGAGCGAAAGAAUAGAAUACUUCUUACUUCACGAGUACAAUAGGAAGAAGUUUAUCACUCCUAUGAUUAAGAAAAGAACAAAGAAAAUAGAAACUGAACAGAACAAAAAUGUAGCUAAAUAUUUAGGUGGGUUGGUUCUAGACCCCAUCUGUGGUUACUAUGACACAUUCGUUUUAUAUCUAGAUUUUAAUAGUUUAUAUCCUUCUAUCAUUAUUGAGUAUAAUGUUUGUUUCAGCACACUGAAGUUGAAAAGUGUGGAAGAAAGAGAGGGAUUCAGCGAGAUCAAUGAGAUGAAGGGGCAGGAUAGUGCAAAUGAGCUGAACGUCAACAAGGGCGAAAAUGUACUGAACAACGGGUCAGGCGAUUUUGACGAGGUUAACAAUUCAAAUGAGUUAGUGGAUCCAGAUGAUUCGACAGAUGUAGGUGAUGUUUCAAAUGCUAUAUCAUCUCCAAAUGAAGAAAUUCAAAUUGAAGAUUUUGACAGGAGAAAACCAGGAAUUCUUCCUUCCAUUCUGAAAAAUUUAGUGGAAAAAAGAGCCUUUAUUAAAAAGUUAAUAGCAAAUGAAAAAAAUAAAGAGAAAAGGGAACUUCUUCUAAUUCAAUCUUUAUCAAUAAAGUUAAUAAGCAACAGUAUAUAUGGAUGUUUAGGAAAUACAAAUAAUAGAUUCUAUGCGAAACAUAUUGCUGCUUUUAUCACACUUAAAGGAAGAAAUUUACUUCAACAUACAAAAUUUAGGGUAGAAAAAGAAUUCAACUUGAAAGUUAUAUAUGGAGAUACAGAUUCUAUUAUGAUAGAUACAGGGAUAAAAGCACAUGGUAUAAAUAAUUAUAAAGAAUCGUUUAGAUUAGCCCAUGUCAUAAAAAAUAGUAUUAAUAAAAAUUACAGGAAAUUGGAAUUAGACUUGGAAUGCAUAUUCAGCAAAUUGCUUUUAUUAAAAAAAAAAAAAUAUGCUUGUGCUAAGGUCAUCGAUGCAAAUAUGGAAAAGUGUGAAUAUGAAAUGAAGGGAAUCAACUUCAUUAAGCGAGACUUUAGCAAAAUUUCAAAGCUCAUUGGAAAUGAAGUUUUGAAGAUAAUCUUCAGCAGCAAGCAUGCCCAAGCUACUCCUCAUGGCCACGUGGAGAAUGAUUUGUCCGAGCAAAUCCAUGAGUACUUGCGUAUGGUCAACCAGAGGAUUCAGGCUGAUGAGUUCGACCUGGAUUUUUUCGUGAUAACGAAAAAGUUGACAAAGAAUGUGAGCGAAUACCAGGAGAAGAAUUCCCUUGGGCACGCCCUAGUUGCAGAACGGAUGAUGAAGGAAGGAUACAACAUUAGUGUGAACAAAGAAAUACAAUACUGUGUAUGCACAAGUGAAGACGCAUGCAGAUUUUAUAACAAAAAAGUGAAUGAAAAAUUAAACAGCUCGUUGUGUUGCUUUAGUGUGAAUGAAAUACAAAAGCAUAAUUUGAAAAUAGACAAGGAUUACUAUAUUCGAAAUCAAAUUUUAUCACCAAUCAAUCGAUUAUGUCAAUAUAUAGAAGGAACAAGUGCAGAAAAGUUAGCCUCCUGUUUUAACAUUUACGAUGUGAGAGAAAUAAAAACAGACAUUCAAAUUGAAGAGAAUUAUCAAGAAGCAAAUGUAUUAUCACUACUAAACGAAUCAGAAGAAAGAUUUAAAGAUAUUCAUUUGAAAGGAUUUUUAAUAUGCUCAAAUUGUUUGCAUAAUGUAAAACCAGCAAUGUUCAUAAAAUAUUUCAGAUGCAACAAUUGUGGUAUUUAUUUAUCUAUUGAACAGAUAAGAAAUUACAUAUUUUCCUUUAUUCACCAUUUAUUUUCCACGUUUUAUAAACAACUCUAUGUAUGCAACAGCUGCAUGUUGAAAACGAGACGUAUCUUUUUGAACGAACCCCAAAAUUGUCCUAAUAUGAAUUGUGAAAACCGUAAGGGCUCCUUAAAACCACUGAUUUCGAAAAAGUACAUUUACCUUAUCUUGGAAUAUUUUCUCUAUCUUUUGAAAGAUAAUUUGAGGGAAAUCCCUGAAGUACUCAUGCACGAGAAGGUGCGCAAGGUCCCCAGUAAUGAUGUGCAAAGUGGGAGCGGUCAGAUGGAUGUGGUUAAAACCAAUGGAAGAAGCGAUGGAACUGAUAACCAUAGGGAAAAAAUCGACGAAACCAGUAAGAUGAACCAGGAAGGUCAAAGUAGUAACUAUCAAUCUCAUUCCCAAGGGAAGAACAGCUCAAAUCACGUGCAUGGUAACACACUGUAUGCAUCCGAUGUUAAUGUGUACGUUUCUAUUGAUGAGAAAUUUAAAAUGCACAUAUUUAAGGAUCAAAAACCAGCGAAAAAAAUCUUCAAAAUAGAGGCGUAUGAUGAUAUAUGCAAUAACAAAGAACUAGGAGUAAGUAUAACAAGAGGGUUACAAAUGAAGUACCCAAACAUAUCAAACUUCCUCAAAUACUUGAACCUUAAGAGCAACCUUUUUUGUAUUAAUUACAAUGAAGAAAGAAACAUUAUUCGACAAUCUGUGCAAGCCCUUGUAAAAAAUAAUGUGUAUGCGCAAAUCUAUUUCGAUAAAGUUUUCUCUGUUUUCCACCAACCAAUGAUCUACAAAAUUGAGGAACUUUGA